UCUUCUCCUCUACUCUCCUUUUCGUUCGCAGUUACACCAGCUAACAAAAUGGUGAAGUUCUCAAAGGAGCUUGAAGCUCAGCUCAUCCCGGAGUGGAAGGAUGCUUUCGUUAACUACUGGCAGCUCAAGAAGCAAGUCAAGAAGAUCAAAGUUUCAAGAGUUCCCAAGCAAGCCACAGAUGCAGACUACGGCGUCUCCCUUUUCGAUCCCAUUCGCUCCAUCAGCAAGAAAAUCAGUGACAAGCUAUUCAACUUUGAUAACAGGUUAACUGAGAUCAUCCAGGUGAAGAGUAAGAUAAGGAAGAAUGGUGAGGAGGAAGAAAUCUUUGAGACCGAGCUUGUUCAGUUGUUUUCUGAAGAGGAUGAGGUGAGGGUGUUCUUUGAGGGACUAGAUGAAGAGCUGAACAAGGUGAACCAAUUUUACAAGACCAAAGAGACAGAGUUUCUAGAGAGAGGAGAAAUUUUGAACAAGCAGCUACAGAUUUUGCUAGACCUCAAGCAGAUUCUUGACGAUAGGCGAUGGAAAAAUUCUUUAUCAAAACCAAAAUUAUCAAAUGUUCCUAGCUCAUGGUCCUCAACUCCCCGGAAUUCUGACUAUAGUUCUGAAAACUCGGCAGAAUUGAGUGCUACACCUACUGGUACAGAACUAACACAGACAGAUGAAGCAAUUUCAGCACUAGAAAGAAACGGUGUGAGUUUCACUAACACGGCAACUAGGGGUAAGACAAAGAAAGGCAAGCCUAAGAUGGCCAUGAGGAUUGACAUCCCAAACAACACCCCUACAAGAACCAUCACAGCCGUUACGUCAAUGCUGUGGGAAGAUUUGGUUAACAAUCCGAAGAAGGAAAGUCCUGGAGAAUUCAUCAACAGAAAGAAGAUUCAGUGUGCUGAGAAAAUAAUUAGAGGGGCUUUUGUGGAGCUCUACAGAGGCCUUGGCCUACUUAAAACUUACAGCUCAUUGAAUAUGGUAGCUUUUACAAAGAUCCUGAAGAAAUUUGACAAGGUAUCGAAUCAGCAGGCAUCAGCAAGUUAUCUAAAAGCUGUGAAGAGAUCUCAUUUCAUUAGUUCUGACAAGUUUGUUAGACUAAUGGACGAAGUGGAAACCAUAUUCACAAAGCACUUUGCCAACAAUGACAAGAAAAAGGCAAUGAAGUUUCUGAGGCCCAGACAGCACAAGGAGUCUCACAUGAUCACCUUCUUUGUUGGAUUGUUCACAGGUUGCUUUGUAUCGUUGUUUAGUGUAUACGCACUGUUAGCGCACUUAUCUGGUAUAUUCUCUCCCAGUACAGAACUAGAUUACAUGGAAACUGUCUACCCUGUUUUUAGCGUCUUUGCAUUACUGAGCUUGCACUUGUUCAUGUAUGGGUGCAACCUGUUCAUGUGGAAGAGUAAAAGAAUCAAUUGCAACUUCAUAUUUGAAUUCCAGCCGAGCACCGCCCUAAAGUACCGUGACGCCUUCCUCAUAUGCACAACUUUUAUGACAGCUGUGGUUGGUGCCAUGGUUUUACACCUUAUAUUAAGGGCUAAAAACUUCUUGCCAAGCCAAGUCGAUGCCAUUCCUGGAAUUUUCCUUCUGUUUUUUAUUACCCUGCUGAUAUGCCCCUUGGACAUCUUCUAUCGACCUACACGUUACUGCUUCCUCAAAGUACUCCGUAACAUAGUCUGUUCUCCACUUUACAAGGUUUUGAUGGUAGACUUUUUCAUGGCUGAUCAGCUAACUAGCCAGAUCCCAUUGCUGAGACACAUGGAAUCCACAGCCUGCUACUUUCUUGCUGGAAGUUUCAGAACACACCAAUACGAGACAUGCAAAACUGGAAGGCUAUUCAGAGAGCUAGCUUAUGUCAUUUCAUUUGCUCCAUACUACUGGCGUGCAAUGCAGUGUGCAAGACGAUGGUUUGAUGAGUCUGAUGUCAACCAACUGGCUAACAUGGGGAAGUAUGUUUCGGCCAUGGUAGCAGCCGGAGCCAGGAUUACAUAUGCUAACCAGCAGAAUCAUCUAUGGUUUUCUGUAGUAGUGGUCACUUCUGUGGUGGCUACAGUCUAUCAGUUAUACUGGGAUUUUGUCCAGGAUUGGGGGCUUUUCAACCCAAAUUCCAAGAACCUAUGGCUGAGAGAUGAACUCAUUUUGAAGAACCAAAGCAUCUACUACUUUUCCAUUGCCUUAAAUGCUGUUUUGAGAGUUGCUUGGGUGGAGACAGUUAUGGGAUUUCACAAGAUUUCGUAUGUUGAGUCACGAUUCGUGGAUUUUCUCUUGGCUUCAUUAGAGGUUAUCCGGCGGGGACAUUGGAACUUCUACAGAUUAGAGAAUGAGCAUCUGAAUAAUGUUGGCAAGUUCAGGGCAGUCAAAACGGUUCCCCUACCAUUCCGUGAUGCUGAUUCUGAUGGCUGAGAUGUAUCCGUCUUGUUAAUUUUUACGGAAUCCCCAGAAUACUGCUAUGGGGCAAUUAAGCCAAGGCAGGAGGAGGGACUGUACAUUUUCUUACAUCAAUGUCUGAGAUCCUGCCAUUCAUUCAUCGCAUAUACAAUUCGGAAGGUGCCAAAUGCAAUGAAGAAAAGCAAUUUCCAACUGAAAUAACCUUUUCUAAUGUCCCUUUGGCAAUUUUAAUUUAGAAAUAUAUGAUGAUGUAAGUACCGUGUAUUUUCUAAACAGGCAGUUAUGUUUCUCAUUGACUUUCAAACUUCUCGCCUCUGAAGA